AUGGCCAAGUCAAAAAAGCACAAGACAAAGCUAUCAUCUUCCAAGGCUGCAACAGCGACAGUCAAGGAAUCACCUGUUCUGCCACAACUCCCAGGGACAUUGUUUAAAAUUCUCCCGAUAACUACUUAUCUAAAAGUCGCAACAAACAAAUCGUCAAUAGAAACAAAAGACGUGACCCAUUUUUGUUUUUUCAAAAAACAUGAGACUAGACCUCGACCAGGUUCAACCGAUAAUUCCAUUCAUAAUCAGAAUAGUGAUCAAAAAGGAGAGACGCUUCCAUUAGAUAAGACAUUGUUUGUAACAAAUCUUCCAGUGGAUGCAACAGAGACUCAUUUAGAAGAAUUGUUCAAGGAAUGUGGUGCGGUUGACAAAGUCGUAUUUAGGACUGCGGAUGAAAACUUGUCUGAGACAAAUCCGGUUUCAAAUUCGAAUGAAGAUGCAAAGGAAACCACGAAUGCAACGAAAAAGAAGAAAAAACGGAAGCAACAGGAAAAGAAUACAAACGAACCAGAUUCUCAGAAUGAAUCCCAUGACCGCUCGUCACAUUUACGCGUAUUACUGACUCCAGGAUCAUCUGCAUAUAUAAUUUUUAAAGACGCUGAAGCCUUAGAAAAGGCUCUGAAUAUGAGAUCAAAGAAGCGCAUAUGGGCCACCACCGAAGACAGCGUACCACCAUUAGGACUUGAAUCAUACAUCAAAACCGAAAUCAGCCUCCGCUCUCCUCUUCAUCUUCUUCAAACUCAAGUCGAUUCCUUCAUGUCAGCUUUCAAUGAAUCGGAACUAGCUCGCCGACGCGAAUUAGAAGCCAAGCAUAACAAACCCGAUGAAGAUGGAUUUAUAUUAGUAACGCGUUACGGAAAAAGAAACACGAAUACCGAUGGAAAUAUUACCGUCUCGGCGAUGCGAGAAGAGGAAGCGAGAGAAUUAAAGCCUAAAAAGAAAGAGUUGCAGGACUUUUACAGGUUCCAACUACGCGAGACUAAAAGAAAUAAACUUAUCGAGUUGAGGAAGAAAUUCGAAGAAGAUAAGAAGAAAAUAGAAUUAUUGAAAGCAACACGGCGGUUUAGGCCUUAUUAA